CGGCAGUGACGUGUCUGUGUUCGGUAUCUUUCGGCUCUGCUCGGAUCAGCAGCUUCACAGAACCACAGAACCAUAGAACCACAUAGAACCGAGCCACGAACCCGCUCCUGUGAGCCGGAUCAUGGAGUAAACAUGGAUCACAACCGCAGCUUUCUGUUUGAAGCCCUGGAUAGAUCAGAGGCCAGACGAGAUGGAGGGUACAAGCACAACAACUGGAGCUUUUCUCUCUCUGGUGACAGUGAAGAGGAAAGGAGUCAUGAUGUGAGCGUGGUGAGCAUGGAGGAGAUGGACCGGCAGCAGCCGACCUCCCCCGAGGAGAAAAAGUCUCCCACUCGUAGGCACUUCACUUCCUCCGAUCCUCUGAGAACGUACGAGAACCGGCCAAAUAAUCACAUGAGGCCGCUGAGCAAGCUGGCGCCCAAAAGGCUCAGCGAGGUCCCUCUCACAGUAGCAACGUCCUCCCCCAUCCCCAACAGAACCAACUAUUUCAUCAUCAGUCCGGCGCCUUCACAGGGAAUCGUUUUACAAGGGCGACACUUUCAGCACGCACAGAUGCCCUCUGCAAUAAGGAAACCAGUCCAAAGCAGCCUUGAUUUGAAGGAAAGAAGUGACUUCUCCACCACACAGCAGGCUGUAGAAGUGGACAGCAUCGUCCUCACCUGUCCAGAGAUCGCAGACGAGGACGCGCUGAACAUAAAGCGUCGCAUCCAGCAGAAGAGGAAGCCGUUGGAGGACUGCUAUACUUUCCCAUUGCCGGUCAAAGCAGCAGAGCCUCUGCGGCAAACUGUCUACCAGACGGUGUGCGUGAAGUGCAACAAGCCCAGCGAGGGCGGCAGCAAGUGUCAGAACUGUGGAACCGGUCUGGCGCCGCUGAUGACUUGUCAGCAGACCACGCUGUCAUCCCCGACCCCCCGGCCCCCCAUCCGGUCCCAGCCCUCCCCCGGACCAAACAGCCUGCACUUCUACAAACCGACCACGACCAUGACCAUGAGGGGGCCUCACGGGGAGACCCUGCCCAUACGCAUCGCCAGCACCAGGGGGACCCUGCUGCCUCUGAGCAACGGCAGGACCCCUCUGUUAGCCGGGACGUCGAGCUGCUACGGAGCCAGGAACCCGCCCAAAGGGAAGAGGGCGGCGGCGGCGCAGCAGCACAAGCUCAACGACCCCAUCGUCCUGUCCAGUGACGACGAUGAGGAGGCCGACAACGCCAGCACAGGAAGUGUCAACAGACUGGACAGCGUCUCGCCUCGACCCGCGGACUCCGCCCACUCCUCGCCGGCGCCCUCCGGAGGCCGAGUGGAGGCUGCAGUGAAGAGCGCCGGAGAGCAGGAGGUGCCGAACACCGAAUUCUUUGAAGACGUAAACAUGAAGAUCACGAUACCGCGGAGAGCUCGGAUGAAAGAUCAGUUUGGGAAUCAACCCCCCGAGCAGUUUUCACCGAGGCCAAAGAAGCCCAAGUUCGUGUCCAACAAAUGUGACAGCAUCAUCUUGGAGUGUCGGAGCGUCAGGGUGGGAACUCUACGCAGGAUGGUGACGAAGCCCGUCGUCUUUUCCAUCGACCAGAUCCAGCUGGAAACUGAAGGCCCGGAGCCCAACACCAUAGAGAAUAUUUGUCUUCGGGCGUCGGAGCUGAUCAGCUGCGAGUGGUGCAGCGUCCGGAAGCUUCCGGUCUUGUUCUUCCAGACGACUCCGGCGGAGUGCGUCCGCCUGCGCACGCAGCUCAACAUGUCCGAGGAGGACGGAGCCCAUUGGUACGACUGUUCCGAGGACAAGUCGGAUGAGAAGUACAUCGUUCUGAUCUUCGAGAACGGCCUGGUGAUGAAGGAGCAGGCGAUCCUGGAGGACAUCCUGGGCGAGAUCGGCAGGACCAACAACCUCAGCAACUUCCCCGCCAAGCUGCCCUUCGAGGAGGCCAACUGCCGACUGGUCAACUACAACAAGGCCUUGAAACAGAAGGAGGAGAAGGAGAAGCCGAUACAAAGCCCUCACAAAGUCACCCAAGGCUCUCCGGUCACCAAGGUCACUCAGGUCAGCCCGGUGAGCUCCGUCACCAUGCCCGUACGCACGCGGAUGGCCACCCGCCAACACACCAGCGCCUACUUUGAAGAUGAAGACGAGGACAUGACCGACCUCCAGCCCACCUUCUCCGGACCAAUCGUCAAAUUAAUGGUGUACCCUCCUCCUCCAGCCAAAGGUGGCAUGUCAGUCACUAAUGAAGACCUCCACUGCCUUAAUGAUGGAGAGUUCCUAAACGACGUUAUCAUAGACUUUUAUUUAAAAUAUUUAGUUUUAGAGAAAUUGAAAAAAGAAGAUGCACAAAGAAUCCACGUGUUCAGCUCCUUCUUCUACAAGAGACUAAACCAGAGAGAGCGGAGGAACGCUCCCGACACGACAAACCUGCCAAUCCAGAAAAGGAAGCACAACAGGGUUAAGACGUGGACUCGGCAUGUGGAUCUCUUCCAGAAGGACUUCAUUUUUGUUCCCAUCAACGAGUCAGCUCACUGGUACCUGGCAGUCAUCUGCUUCCCGGGUCUCAAGGGUCCGGUCUACGAGCAGAACCCGCUCUACCAGAACGCGCUUCCAGCCUCCGCCUCGGCUGCAGAUCCCCCGUCAGAAGAGAACAUCCCGGACCACUGUCGUCCUCUGUCCCCAGACAGAGACGGGCUGGACAGCUCCUCGGAGAACCUGUCCCCCGGCGUCCCCGAGGCGUCCGCAGAAGGUCAGACCAACGGCGACCCCGCCAAGGAGAACGCAGCCUUCACGGAGGGGGGACCAGAGCCUUCCAAUGCCACCGCGGCGUCCGGCAACGGCCCGGCUGACGCAGAGCAACAAUACACAAGUGAGUUGCAGAGAAUCAGUGUUUGUUACGGUUCAACAAAAGGAGACGACGACACCUUCACCUUCUCUGAUGACCAAAGCUCCUGUCAGGAUGAGUGCAGUGAGGACGGGACUCUGGCUGAAGACCCUGUCCUAUAUGACGCCUCCGGUUUGGCCUCCAAACUGCACCUCUGCAAACAGCCUUGUAUCCUCAUCAUGGACUCCCUGCGCGGCCCGGCCAGGUCGACGGUGGUGAAAACUCUCAGAGAGUACCUGGAGGUGGAGUGGGAGGUGCGUAAAGGGACUCAGCGGAGUUUCGGGAAGGAUGUGAUGAAGGGCUCCAGCCCACGUGUGCCUCAGCAGGAUAACUUCAGCGACUGUGGAGUUUACAUCCUGCAGUAUGUGGAGAGCUUCUUCGAGAAUCCGAUUCCCAGCUUCCACCUGCCGGUGAACUUGUCCGACUGGUUUCCGCAGCAACGGAUGAAGACGAAGCGCGAGGAGAUCAAGGAGCUGAUCGUGAAGAUCCAGGAUCAACAGGAAAUGGACAAGAAGGAGCGGCUCGGCUCUCCGCCCGGCUCUCCUGGAGAGCCUGAGAUCGAAGAGACUUCUGGGUCGACGGGCCGGCCGCCACACCUACCUACCAUCAGCCCCUGAAACGACCCCACCUUCCUCCUCCUCCUCCUCUUCCUCGUCCUCGUCACUCCCAGGCCCUGCUGGGGGGGGGCCGAGCCUGAUUGUACGCUGCUGGUUUCACUUCGACGUGUCUGAAACUCCCUCCAUUCACCACAGACAUCAAACACACCUUUAACUUUGUAUUGAAUAAAACAUGAACUGUAAAUAUGCUGGAGUUUUUCCCGCUGCCUUUGUAAUUUACUGACUCAGUCAUGAAGUGGCCCGUUAACUUAUGUUUUCAUGGAUGUUCUUCUCUCCAGAAGAUGCUGUUGGUCUCUUGCAUCGUUAUUUUCUAUGCUUUCUAGUUGUGUAGACGAAGACUAAAACAAACAAAAAAAACACGAGAAGAAGUUGCUGUUAUUUGUGAACAAUCCACCCGUCUGGAGAAAAGAAACUGUACUGACGAGUCACAUCCGUAGUUCAGUGCUUGUUGUGUCUCUUCCAUGUGGAGCGGAUGAAUUUUCAGCAUUAAAAGCAACUCGAGAUGCAAGAGCA